AUGUCAUCUGAAAUUGAUUACGCAACAAAUCGUUUAAUCAAAGGUCUUGUUUCGAAUAGAAAAUGUGCACGUAUCGGUUAUGCAUCCGCACUUGGAACGCUUGUAAGUUUCGAUGGAUCAACUGACGAUAUUUUACAACGUGUGCAAAAUGCAUUAUCAACAAAAACGCAAACAUUUAUAGAAGAUAUAAAAAAUGUGACAACCGGCCGUAUUUUAAGCUACAUAGCAUUAGCCUAUAAUCAAAAAGAUGAUUUGUCAUCAGUUUUGCCCAAAAUUUUACCCGAUAUACUAACAAUGCGAAGACAAGCAAAACACAAAUUGCAAGCGUUCAUUGAUUCAGCUAUUAUUCAAUUAUCAAAAUGGGCUGGAAAGAAAUUAUUUAAAAAAGAGAUUUUUUCACAAAUUAACUCAUUAUUACCAACAAGCUGGAUUGAAACACUAAAUAACGAUUCAAAAUCCAUCUAUUUAUUAGUAUCACUCUCAAACACAUAUCCCAAAAUAUUUGAUCAAACCUAUUAUCAAUCUCGUUGGAAAGAGAAUGUAUUGCCGUUAUCCUCAUCGAAAGAACAUGCAAAUAUAAAAAAAUGUUUACAAUCGUUUGGCAAUGAACUUCACUUAUUACAAACAUUAUGUCAAGAAAUUAUUCUGUAUUCAUUGCGUACACAACAGUUUGAACAUUGUUGGACGCUUAUAGCUGAAGAAUUGUCGAAUAAUGGAUUAGAAUCAAACAAGGGCCAUAUUUUACUUGAAUCAAUCCUAUUUUGUUUUGAACAAGAAGACGAGACAAAUAUUAUUACAGAUACUAUUCUUAAUGAUAGUGUAUUUGUUCAGCGAAUACUCUUAUUAUCAAUGUCAAACAAAGGGAAAAGUAAACAAGCCGCUGCUCAUGAACUUGCAAAAAGUGUGGUUAGUAAACUUAGUAAUGUGAUCACUAAGAAAUCGAUUGAUCAAAAGUUAAAAAUUUUUGGAACGCUAUUGAAUUGUACGAAAAAUUAUGCAUGUUUACAGUCAACAACAAAAGCAAUAUCAGAUAAGUUAACUGCUGAUGAAUCAAUAUAUUAUGCAAAAUAUCUCAUCGGUUUAUUCUGUGAAAAUGAAGUAGAAAGAAUAGAUGAUCGUCGUCAGUUUAUAAUUAAUCUUCUAAUUAAUUUAGCUUCUGAUAAUGACGAUGUUUUUGAACAGAUAUUAUUGUUAUUUGUAUUAUUCGCCUAUUUCAAAACAAAUCGUGUGCCAAAAAAUUUACGUGAUUUUUUACCGGAUGUUUCCUUUGAAAUAUCUGAUCGAUUACGUGAAUACAUUGGUGACGGUAUUUAUAAAUUGAUUUUACAUGAAUUUAGUAAACAUCAGUUUAUGGGAUGUUUUCAUGUAUUCAAAAGAGCGGCUAGUUGGUGUGAUAAAGAAACACAUUAUACUCCUUAUUUUAAAUAUUCAGAUGAAAUCAAAUCAUAUUUAGCAGAAAAUUAUCAACAAUUAUAUGAGACAGUUAACGGCACUAUAAUUCAAGCUUUACCAGAUGAAAAAUUACGUAUAUCAUUUCAACAAGUAUUUGUACUCGGUUUAUUCGAUCUAUUUGUCAAUUAUCGUCAAGCAAAACAAUGUCUUGAAGAUCUUGUAACAUGUAUUGAAAAUGCUCAUAAUGAAUUAGUAUUGAAAAAAUUAAUUAAUGAAACUACAUGGAUUGAGGUAUUUGUUGAUAUAUUAUUGUCAAUGUAUACAAAAAGACAACAAAUAAUACGAACAAUUUUGAAAAAAGUUUAUCUUCGAAUUUCAAAAUAUAUGAAUGUUGAAGCAUUAAAGUUGAUGUUACAGGUGUUAGAAGAUGCAGAUGAGGAAGAUGAUGAAGAUGACGAAGAUAUGAGCGAUGCGAGUUCCGAUGAUGGAUCUGAUAAAGAACAAGAAGAAGAAGAAGAAGAGAAUGAAUCAGAUAAUGAAGUUGAUAAAAAUUCAAAUGCUAAUGAAGAAUUGCGACAAGCUGUUGAAAAAGCAUUGGGCGAUGCGGCAGCAAAAGAAGAUGACGAUGAUGUUGAAAUGGAUGAUGAAGCCAUGCUUCGUUUAGAUCCACUCAUUGCUGAAGCAUUUCGAUCACAAAUGAAAAAAUCAUCGACAAUAAAAAUAAAUGAAAAAUUACAUCAUCAAUUACGUGUACUCGAUUUAAUAGAAUUUAUUAUUAAAAAAGAUGAACGAAUGAAUUUUGUCACAAUUAGUAUUCGUCCCUUAAUUGAUAAGUGUGUGAGUAUACCGAAUACAGCGGCUUAUCGACCAAUGAUUGUACGACUCAAUUCGAUAUUAAGACAUCUUUCGAGCAGAAAAAUUGGUCAUUCUGAUAUGGUAAAACUAGAUGAUUGUCUUGAGCUAUUCCACUAUUUAGCAGCAAUACAAGGAGGUAAAACGAAAUUGUUAACAGACGUGUUAACGAAAGUUUCAAUGUUUGUGAUUAAAUUGUGUUUACAUGUGGGUACAAAAGAAAACAAAUUAGAUGAUGUUCAAAAAGAUAUAUGUUCAACGUAUGAAGAAGGAAUUUCAAGAUUUUUUGAAUCAACAAAACCUUUAACGAAAAAAAAUAAACAGAAAAAUGGCGAAAUUGAAGAUGCUAAUGAGGACAUGGAAGAAAUUCAACAUCCACUUGUUCAUCCAACAACGAUAAAAGAAUUUUUUCAACGUUUUCCCGAAUAUUCUACACAGCUAGCAUUAUCAUUUGUACAACGAUCAUUGAAAGAUGAUGUAACUUGGAAAAAACGACUUCUUGUGUGUGGUAUAUUGAAUAAUUUUUUUAACAAAACUCGACUCAAUAAUGUUGAUCCGAUAUUACUGAAUACAACCAUUGAAUUAAUAAAAAUCAUAUGCCAAGAUUCAAAAUCAUCUAAACAAGAAUCAUUGAAUUUAUUGACAAUGUUAACACAAAAACUCUUAUUCAUCAAAGAACCACAGUUGACGCCAGAACAAGCACAAUUAUUAUUCUCAAGAAUAUUGGCAGUUAUCGAACGUAAAACACCCAAUAAUCCAAAACAAAAACAACAAUUAGUGAAUUUGUUAAACACUUUUAAAAAGAGAUAUCAAUUAGAAAUCAACGAUAAUGUAAUGUCAAUGUUAAAAAAGCGUAAACAAGACACGGUCACCAAUGGUGAUGAUACGAAAAAAGUGAAAAAAUUAAAAACAACGAAUAAUCAUAUGGAUGACACCAGUAUUAAUCAGCCAGGAACAAAUGAAAUUGCAAUAUCUACAUCUAAUGGAAAAGUAAAAAAAUCAAAGAAAAACAAACAAAAUGACACUAUUACUGAUGAAAAUGAAACAUCUUCGAAGAAAAAUAAAUUAAAGAAAAACGUCAGUGACAGUGAAGAAGAAGCAGGAUUAAAUGAGUGUAGAAAAAUACCAUUUAAAGGAUUAUCAACCGUUUAA